UUCUGUUAUUUUGAUUGUUCAAUGAUUUUGAAUUUCAAUCAUCAUUGUCGUUUAUUAAUUAAUCAAAAUGAAGUGAUUUUGUGUUGUUUAAAUUGUUUAUUCCUCUUUUGCAAAUAACUUGUGAUCUUCCAGUACAUUAGAUUUGUUGAUUGUGAUCGUAAGAUUGGAAAAAUGUAUUCACCAACCUUUCAUUUCUAUUGACUAAUGGAUGAGUUUUCCUUGGGUGAUAAUUAGUCAACUAUGUUAUUAAUUUUAAUGUGAUAAAGAAGGAAACAAAAUUGAGAGAGAAAAAAGGAAGACAAAUUGGAUUUGUCAUCAUGUUUAUUAAAUUUGUCACUCACUGGUUAUCAUCUCAUUUUUUAGCUUAAUUGACUUUGACAUAUUAACACACCCGAAAGAAAAUACAUUGACUAUUUCGUUUUGUAAUUAAUGUUAAUCACUUCAACAUGUCAUCUUCUCUUUGUGAUCAUCUUCGCCAAAUCCAUUCAACCGCAAUUAAAUCAGUUAAUGGUGAUACUAUAAUUGGGAAUAACAUCUCCUUUGAUCGAGGAUUGGUCAAAAUCAAUCAAUUAAACAAUGAAGUUAAACAGUUUGACUUAUUGGGCAAAGAUGUUUACCUAAUUGGAUCAGGUAAAGGAGUUCUUGGAUUAUGUCUUGGUUUUCUUGGAGCUUUAGAAAAGCAAAAUUCUGACUCUGUUAAAAUUAUCAAAGGGAUAAUCAGUAUGCCCAUUGGAAUUAAAUUUGAUGAUCAUCUUAAUCUCUUGAAGAAACAUAAUAUUACUCCAUAUUUUGGUGGGAAAAAUAAUCUACCAGAUGAAGAUUCUGUAAUAGCAACUAAUGCAAUCCUCGAUUUAAUAGACAAUGUAACCAGUGGUAAAAUGGGUCAAUCUGUUAAUAGACCAAUUGUUUUCAUCACUCUGAUAACUGGUGGAGCAUCAGCACUUUUGGUAGCACCCAAAGAACCUUUAACUUUAACCAUGAAACGAGAGUUGACCCGUCAACUAAUGGCCGCUGGUUGUACAAUCAAUGAACUUAAUUGUGUUCGUAGUUGUUGGUCUAAAGUUAAAGCUGGUCAACUUGCCCUUCGUGUACUCUCCUCAUCAACCAAUGUUGAGAUGAUUAAUUUUAUCGCCAGUGAUGUAAUUGGUGAUCCAAUAGACAUAAUUGGCUCUGGUCCAACCGUUUUACGGCCAAAUGAUUCAGCUAACCCAUUGGAGUUAAUUGAUAUUUACAAAUUACCAGUUGAUUCAAGUAUUCGUGAUCUAUGUCAACAAAAUGUUAAACAAUCAAAUAAUGUUUCCAUUACCGAUCGAUUACACAAUUACAUCAUUGUUAGUAAUCAAGUUGCCCUUUCAGCUGCUAAAAACCUAAUGAACUCAUUGGGCUAUAAAGUGAUUGAUUUAGGUAAUCAAAUUUCCGGUGAUGCAUCAACAUUAGGAUCCCGAUUUGCUCAAAUUGCUCGCACUUCGGAUAAUAAUGAAGGGAAAAUUUGCUGGAUCGGAGGUGGAGAAACUGUUGUAACUUUACCUUCCAAUCCUGGUAAAGGUGGACGUUGUCAAGAAAUGGCCUUAAGGUUUUUAGUUGAUACAUUUAAUGACCAAUUAACCAAUUUCGCCUUUCUUGCUGGAGGAACCGAUGGACAAGAUGGACCAACCCCCAUUUCUGGUGUAAUUUAUCAAUACAAUGAAUCCAUUUCAUCGGAUAUUUACAAUUCUGCAAAAGAAUAUCUUGUUAACCAUGAUUCGUAUACUUUCUGGUCAACGUAUCUUCCACAAUGUAUGAUAGACACUGGUGGACCAACGGGAGUCAAUGUGAUGGACAUUUACUGUCUUAUUCAAUGUUAAAUGUUAAUUUAACAAUCAAGAAAAGCAAAAUUGUGUCAAACCAAAGUCCAUCCAUUGUUGUUAUGCUUUUUUCUUGUUGAGUUCACAAAUCAACUUUAAUUGAUUAACUUUUUUUUCAA